AUAAGAUGGCUGACCAAAGACAGAGAACUUUAUCUACAUCAGGAGAAGCACUCUAUGAACUCCUGGGUCUUGAAAAAGGAGCAUCCCAUGAAGAAAUCAAGAAAAGUUACAGGAAAUUGGCCCUGAAAUAUCAUCCUGAUAAGAACCCAGAUAAUCCAGAGGCUGCAGAAAAAUUUAAAGAAAUUAACAAUGCUCAUGCAAUAUUAACAGAUGUGUCCAAAAGAAAUAUAUAUGACCAAUAUGGAUCAUUAGGGCUGUACAUCGCUGAACAGUUUGGUGAAGAAAAUGUCAAUACAUAUUUCAUGCUUUCUAGUUGGUGGGCAAAAGGCUUAUUCACACUUUGUGGUCUUUUGACUGGGUGCUACUGUUGUUGCUGUCUUUGCUGCUGUUUCAAUUGCUGUUGUGGAAAAUGCAAACCCAAGCCCACAGCGGAAGAGCAAGAGUUCUGCAUGUCUCCUGAAGAUCUGGAAGAGCAAAUUAAGACAGACAUGGGAAAAGAUGGGGAAGCUCCAGUUCUGCUUCAGCCAACAAAUGCAACUGAGAAAACCCAGCUUAUUGGUGACAGUCAUCGCAGCUACCGCACAGAAUCAUAAACCAUCAGCUUUUAGAAUUUGAAGGAGUAUAAAUGACAAGUUCUGGAUUGUAAAGCAUUGUUAAAACAUGAAAGACAUUAGGACACUGUGCACACCAUAUACCAUCAAAUUGA